AUGGACGGAGUCAGGAAUAAGUUCAGAGCCCUGCAGUGCUGCGCGGAUGAGGCGGAGGAGCGAGCCAAGCAGUUCCAAGCAGAACUCCAGGUUGAGCGAGAGGAGCGAGAAAAAGCCGAGGGAGAGGUGGCGUCCCUGAACCGCAGGAUCCAGCUGGUGGAGGAGGAGCUGGACCGCGCUCAGGAGAGACUGUCCUCAGCUCUGCAGCGGCUGGAGGAGGCCGAGAAGGCUGCGGACGAGAGCGAGAGAGGGAUUAAAGUGAUUGAGAACAGAGCCAUGAAGGAUGAGGAGAAGAUGGAGAUCCAGGAGAUGCAGCUGAAAGAGGCCAAACACAUCGCAGAGGAGGCCGACCGCAAAUAUGAGGAGGUCGCCCGUAAACUUGUGAUCCUGGAGGGAGACCUGGAGCGCGCCGAGGAGAGAGCCGAGAUUGCAGAGAUUAAGUGCACCGAUCUGGAGGAGGAGUUGAAGAACGUGACAAACUCCCUGAAGUCUCUAGAGGCUCAGUCUGACAAGUAUUCUGAGAAGGAGGACAAAUACGAGGAAGAGAUCAAGAUUUUGAAUGACCGGCUCAAAGAGGCUGAGACUCGUGCAGAGUUUGCAGAGAGGACAGUGGCCAAACUGGAAACGACCAUCGAUAAGCUAGAAGAGAGCCUACAUGAUGAAAAAGAGGAGAACAACAACAUGCGCCAGCGCUUGGAACAAACACUGCUAGAACUGAGCUCUUUGUUUUCAGAAGACGCGUUCAACUCCACUUUUAUUUCAACAAUAGGCAUCGAUUUCAAGAUUAGGACGAUAGAGCUGGACGGAAAGAAGAUAAAGUUACAGAUAUGGGACACAGCUGGACAGGAGCGCUUCCGAACCAUCACAACGGCCUAUUACAGAGGAGCUAUGGGAAUUAUGCUCGUCUACGACAUCACCAACGAGAAGUCUUUUGAAAAUAUCAAGAACUGGAUCAGGAACAUAGAGGAGCAUGCGUCGUCUGAUGUUGAGAAGAUGGUUCUUGGGAACAAGUGUGACAUCAAUGACAAGCGGCAGGUUUCCAAAGACCGAGGGGAGAAGCUUGCAUUAGAAUAUGGGAUUAAAUUCAUGGAGACCAGUGCAAAGGCAAACAUUAAUGUGGAAAAUGCCUUUUUAACCCUUGCCAGAGACAUCAAAACAAAAAUGGACUCGAAAUUGGAGGGCAAUACUCCCCAGGGCAGCAGUCACGGGGUGAAGAUCUCCGAGCCUCAGAAAAAGACCAGCUUCUUCCGCUGCAGCCUCCUCUGA